UCAUCAUGAAAAACUUUCGAGCUAAAUGAAUUCGAUUGAAGAUCGACAGAAUCAAAUCAAAAACAUUGACCAUUGCACCACAUUUUCAUCCGGUCACAUGUCUUCAUCGUCAGCGACAUUGGCCAUUCAUCCUCAUCAUCAUCAUUUUUAUGGUCAUGAAAUUGGACAUCAUUAUCAUCAUCAACAUCAACAUCAUCCGCAUAUACAACAACAUCAUUAUCAUAAUGUACAGCCACCAUCUUCAUCAGCUUCACAAAUGACAAGUAGUUCAUAUGCAGCUGCCAAUACACUUUUAUCUGGUGAAUAUCCAACGAUAGGAUCUGGAACACAAUCAACAAAACGAUGUUGUCAAUCGUGCCGUUGUUCGAAUCGUCUUGUUACCGGUAUUAUUAUAACGAUACUACCGAUUGCCAUCACUUCCACAUUGAUCUGUGUGUUUAUGAUGCAGAAAACUAAUCUACAUCAAUAUGCCAUCUAUUCAUUUGUCAUAUUCUGUGUUGCAUUUGUCUUUCCAUUUGCAUUAUUCUUUUUUACAGUCGUCCUAAAUAAGCUUUAUAAAUUCUACAAACGGGAAAUACUAUCCAAUUCGCCCACAAAUAUCAACUCAUUAAUGACGGAUAGUUGUGAUUCAGAAUCGGCAGCUAUUGGUGGUACCACAAUUUCGGGUUAUAAUAUCAGUGCCAAUAAUAAUAAUAAUAAUACUAAUAAUAAUCUUAAUCCAUUGUCACCAAGUAAUAAUGGUGGCAUACUUAAUCGAGUUAUUGUGACCAAUGCUCAUCAUUCAUUAGAUACAAAUCAAUCACCACAAAGUGAUCAUCAACAUUCACAUCAUCAACAUCAACAUCUUCAUCAUUAUCAACAUUCACCAAAUGGUUUGAUAUGCUAUAAUACCCGAGCAUAUCAUCAUCAUCCAUAUUAUUAUCAAAUUCAAGAGGGCACCGUAGUUGCCUUGGCACCCGAUAAUACAUUGAUUAUUGAAGAUAGCCCUCCAAGCUAUGAGAUGGCAUUACUUUGUCCAAGUGUUAAUACGCACAACCAAUCGACAUGUCCAAAUUCAUUAAUUGAUCCAUCUCAAAUGCAAGUGAUCUUACCAAAAGAAAAACAAUUAAUAUCAAAACAUAACCAUGAACGAUCCAAUAAUGAUGACGAUUCUGUUGAUAAUGAAAAUGUUGAAGAAAAUGAUGAUGAUGAUGAUGAUGGCGAUGGGGAUAUUAAUGAUGAAGAUGAUGAAGAUGACAACGAUGGUAAUGACAAUGAUGAAACACCAAAAGUGGUAACUAGCCACAAUCAUCUUCUUCAUCUACAUCAUAAUCAUAAUCACUUAAAUCAUGAUCAUAAUCAUGAUGAUAAUGAGGAAAACAAUGUACAAAAAACUGAUAACAAUACAAUCGUUGAUGAAAGUAGCGAAAGUUUUGAAAGCAGUGAACGUUCUAAUCAGGAAGAGACAUCACAAUCAAACUAGACAAGAAAAUAUAAUUUUGUUUCUUCUUUUUGAAUUUAAUUCUCGAUUUUAUUAUGAAAAAAAUGUGAGAAAAAAUAAACAAAAUUU